AUGGAUGCCAUCACAGAACUCCUCCGCGCCAGAGCUCUCGCAGAUCACAAAGCGCGUAUUCCCAUCGACAGGCUAGAUGCCGAACACCGCAGGCACUUGGUGCGCGCCAUCAACAAUGUGCUGUCUACCGAGCUCGCUCUGUUCACAUACGCUCAGAUCAUCGACGGCCUUCCCACCGGAGAUGUCGCAUGGGAAGUGAGAAGCCCUCUCCUACAAGGGGAGCACCCGCUGGCAACUGAGCACGAAGAACUCUGCCCCGGCGCAAUGGAAAAAGCACGCGAGGUCUGCCCGAAGUGGGAUACGGAGAUGCUUAGGUUCAGCCCCCAGGUGCUCAAUGCAUAUCAAAAAACGGCCCCCGGCAGCAAACUGUUCGCAACCCGUCUCAUUGAGAUGGUAGCCGUCGCAAUCCACGAGUUCGGUGUGCUUCUCUACCAGCUUGACUUUUGUGUGCACAAGGGAGGACGAGAAGCGGUCGAUGCCAUUGCCAAGUGGAAGGAAACCAGCAAGCCCGAAUUGUACUCAUGGAUGACAGACGAGGAAUGGUGUCCUCCGGAUCCUAUCUGCACUGUUUUCCACAGCAUACACUACCUCGACCACGACAUCUACCCCCAAGGUGUGGCCGACGUUGUGGCUAUUGGGCAGAGGACCGGAUUCUCGGCGGCGUCGUUGUCUUUGAGCGUCGGGCAGAGGAAUGCGACGGCCACAACUCCAAUUACAGCAACCCAGACCCACCAAAUAUCUACCUCUCUCCCUCCCGAGCUAAAGUCACAAUAA